GUGCAGGGGCGGACUGACCAUUUGGAAACUCGGGUGCUGCCCCAGGGCCUGUGGGUCAGUAGGGGGCCCCAUGAGAUGCCCCUGGUACCUUUUUCAUAUGCUUUUUUGAGUUUGGGCAAGGACACAGGGGCCCCAUGAUCCCCUAUUGCCCGGGGGCCCCAUGAGUUAGAAAUGCGGACCCGCGGGCGGGUGCCAUUAAUUCUAAUGGCACGCCGCCGCAUUGGAAAACGCAACUGUACUGGGAACCGAGGUUCCCGUGUGGGCUGCGUUUUCCAAAGAAAUGCCACUGGUACCUUUUUCAUAGGCUUUUUUGAGUUUGGGCAAGGACACAGGGGCCCCAUGAUCCCCUAUUGCCCGGGGGCCCCA